AUGCGUGUCAACCGACUCAUAUGGAUAGGCGUUCUUGUAUGGAUACUCGGCUAUGCUUUGGUUUUCCUCGCGGCGUCAAUACUCCUUUUCCAACGGCGCCAGGUCUUUAUGCUGGUGUUCACCGCGGCACAGGUAACCCUCGUCAGCAUCCUCGUCACAGUCUACGCUUGCUGGCUCAUCAUCAACAUUGCUUCCGCCAUCCAGACGUGGCGUACUUCCCGUCUGAAUAUGGUUGUCAUCUUCCUCAUCCAGAUUUACAUCAGUCUGGCAGUGGAAAUGUACCUUCUGCAUGCUAUCUUCAAUCACCGUGAUGAACUCAUAUGGAAUUUCCUAGACCACGCCGUGACACAACUGGUUGGGAAGUAUGUCGACUCCAAGGAUGCGGCUGACAUUCUCGACUGGAUCCACGAGACGUUCGAGUGCUGUGGGAUAACCCAGUGGCAUUACGAAUGGUGGCUGGACGACAAUGGUUGGAUUCUGCCGAGAGUAAACCACACCUACGCCUGGGUCCCCCAGAGCUGCUGCAUCCGAACGGCGUACUACAAGAAUUGCGGAGUCGCGCGUCCAAGAAGGAAGCCGAGAUCAACGAGCGACAAUUCAUCUGGAGGGGAAGAGUCGGAAGAGGAGAAGAAAGAAGACGAGGUGGAUGAUGGUGUCUUUGAAACCGGCUCCUACGCCGCCACGGAUUGGUACACCCGACUCAAUAACGAGCCCUGUCCUGACAUGAUUGUUGAGUACGUUGGCGAGUGGCCCACCUACAUUCUGAUGGCACUCAUCUCCUUCACUGUUGGCAAGGCCACCAUGAGCACGGCCGCUUCCUUUGGAAUCAUCAGCAAAGCGAAUAAAUAA